AUGGAGACAACAUGUGGUUUACCAGUUCUUCCCCAGAAAAUCAGUGUGAACUUUAUGCUUCGCGAAACUGUAGAUGAUUUGGGUCUCAGCAAAUCAGUUACCUUCUUUCUGCUUAAUUCACCCAUUAUGCUCCGGCUUUUCCAAAGAACUCAGUUUCAAGGUAGCAAGACUUGUCCAAGGGUGUUUUCGAAAUCUUUUCAUUCUCUCCCCUUCUUGAGGCAGGAGCUGAUACUGAAAGUUGAACCUCUGAAACGUGAUAACGAGUCGGAAGAUGUCAAGAGACGCCGUCUGGUUUAUCAGUCAAGAAAGAGAGGAAUCUUGGAAACAGACCUUCUUCUGUCUCGUUUCGCAAAACGCUAUCUACCGACAAUGAGUGUGGAAGAGAUGGAAGAGUAUGAUGACUUAUUAAACGAGUUGGAUUGGGAUAUUUAUUACUGGGCCGUGAAAAACUACGAGGUUACCCCAUUGCCUGAAAAGUGGAAGGACUCCAAGAUUCUCGCUAAACUACAGGAGAUGAGUGCAAACAACGAAGGCGAGAUCCUUCGUAUGCCUAACUUAGAUGAUUCUCCGUGA